UCCCAUAUGCAGUACCAGCCAAUAUCUCCCUUGAAUACUACCUCCUCCCCCACAUGGUGGAGACACUCUCACAUGACCUGCUCCAUCUCUCUUCCCUGGAGUGAAUGGUACUCCAGUCUUUAAUUGGGAGGGGGCCUGGAAAAACACUACCCCAGCUAAUCCCACCUCUAGUGGACAAGUGCUCUAUAGUGAGUUACACUGGAUGUGAUAGCAGCAUCUCAGUCUGGACUGUACAAAUGUAUUGCCAUUCUUGGUGGAUCCUCAGUACCAACAUCACUGUUACCGUUCUAACGAAGUUAUGUUAUAAGUACUGUCAAAUCAGGUGAUACCACUGUAACCUUGUCAUGGAUCCUGUAUCUGGUGUUCAGUAACUACAACAACAUCUC